CCCGCCGCGCCGCGCCGCAGCGACAUCCGCCGCCGGCGGGAAGGGGCCGGCGCCGGGGCCGCUGCGGGCGCCGCGCUCCCCCGCACCCCGUCUGGCUGCCGGGGGCCGCGGCCCCGCCGCCGGCCGCAGGAUGCCGCUGGGGCUGAAGCCCACCUGCAGCGUGUGCCGCAGCACGUCCUCCUCCAUGUGGAAGAAGGGCGGCCAGGGCGAGAUCCUGUGUAACAACUGCACGGCCCGCUCCGCCCCGCCCGGGCCCGCCGCCUUCGCCACCACCUCGGCCGCCGCCCAGCACAGCAACGGCGGCGGCGGCGGCGGGAAGCAGGUGAGCGCUCCGGGGCCGAGCGCGGAGCGCGGGGCUCGGCCCCGCCGCCUCGCCCCCACCCCUCCCGCCGUUCCGUGUAUUUACUCGGUGAUUUCCCCCCCCGCCCAGAGCAAGCAGGAGAUCCACCGGCGGUCUGCGCGGCUGAGGAACACCAAGUACAAGUCGGCGCCCGCCGCGGAGAAGAAGGUUUCCACGAAGGGCAAGGGGAGGAGGCACAUCUUUAAGUUAAAAAACCCCAUCAAGGCUCCUGAGUCUGUAUCCACUAUAAUUACAGCCGAAUCAAUCUUUUAUAAGGGUGUAUACUACCAAAUUGGAGAUGUUGUUUCAGUGGUUGAUGAGCAGGAUGGGAAAACAUACUAUGCUCAGAUACGUGGGUUUAUUCAGGACCAAUACUGUGAAAAGAGUGCUGCACUAACCUGGCUCAUACCUACGCAAGCCAGCCCCAAAGAUUGUUUUGACCCAGCAUCCUAUAUCAUAGGACCAGAAGAAGAUCUCCCAAGGAAAAUGGAAUAUUUAGAAUUUGUUUGUCAUGCACCUUCGGAAUAUUUCAAAUCUCGAUCGUCUCCCUUCCCUACUGUUCCUACAAGACCAGAGAAGGGCUAUAUAUGGACUCAUGUGGGACCUACUCCUGCAAUCUCCAUUAAAGAAACAGUUACCAAUAAUUUAUAGUUUUUUAAAGGAAUACUUUGGACAAGUUAUUUUGGGAGUAUUCUCAGGUCUGUGAACCCCAUACAAGGAGUUUUAAAAGUCAUAAAAUGCUCAUUUUACUU